CUAUAAAAACUAGGCGCUGUCAUCCCUGACAGCAAGGAUUUCUUUGAAAAUCAGCCAAUCGUUAGUGAUUAUGGAUCAGGUUAUGUUAAGGCUUGUUUUGGUGGUGAUGAUGCUCCAUGUGUGCUUUUUCCGAGCAUAAUAGGUCGUCCACGAAACAGACAUGCCAUGAUUGGCAUUGGACAGAGAGAUACAUACUUUGGAGAUGAAGCAUAAGCAAGGCGAGGAAUCCUCAGAUUGAGUUACCCUAUUGAACAUGGGAUAGUGAGAGACUGGGAAGCUAUGGAGAUACCCUGGGAGCAUACAUUUGAUAAGGAGCUCAGAGUUAACAUUGAAGAACAUCCUGUACUCUUAACUGAGGCUUCCUUAAGUCCCAGAAUUAACAGAGAAAAAAAUGAUAGAAAUCAUGUUUGAAGCAUUUGAUAUCCCAUCAACGUACAUAGCUGUUCAAGCAGUCUUAUCCCUUUAUGCCAGUGGCCGAACUACAGGAGUUGUAUUGGACUCUGGUGAAGGAGUCACCCGUGUAGUCCCCAUCUGUGAGGGCUAUGCACUUCCUCAUGCUAUCCGUUGGCUUGAUCUAGCAGGCAAGGACCUGACGAACUACCUCACCAAGAUCCUGGCUCAAGAGGGCUACGUCUUCACCACGUCAGCAGAACGAGAAAUCGUUAGGGACAUAAAAGAACGACUUUCAUAUGUAGCAAUGGAUAUCAAUAAGGAACUUGCCACAUCAAGGGAAAGCUCAGAGUUUGAUGGGCAAUAUGAAUUGCCAGAUGGGCAAGUCAUAUCUAUUGGAGCUAGCAGGUUUAAACGCCCCCAAAUUCUGUUUGAUCCAAGUAGGGUGGGAAUGGAAUCAGGUGGUCUCCAUGAGAUUUUGGUGAGGUCAAUCAGGAGGAAUGACAUGGAUGUUAGAAGAGAGAUGUUUGGAAAUGUUGUGCUUAGUGGGGGUACCACUUUAAUGCCUGGCCUGGCCGAUAGAUUGGCGAAAGAGGUGAGCUCAUUAGCUCCUCCAGGGGGGAGGGUCAGGGUUAUUGCACCACCAGAGAGAAAGUACAGCGUUUGGAUUGGUGGCUCCAUUUUGGCUUCUCUAAGCACCUUUGAACAGAUGUGGAUUACCAAGAAGAGUACAUGGAAUCUGGCUCUUCUGUUGUUCACAGGAAAUGCUUUUGAACAACAGCAAUACCAACGUUGCUUUCUAACUUCAUUCGUUUAUCCUUAAAUACUAAUUAAACCAGAAAGCCAUAGAGUUUUAAUUUCUGUUUUUUCUUAUGUAUCCUCAUUCCUCAUUAGGAUGUAAAGGAAAUCACAAAUGUGUAAAUUUUCGACAUAUUUGUUUGCUUUUAUUCUAUCUCUAUGAAAAAAAAGCUUGAAUAUAUUGCACAAGCU